UUUUCCGCCGGUGAAUUAUAACUACUUACCUACAUAAGCCAACUCCAAUACUCUAUUUAGAAUGUGGACUCUUAUACAAUUUAUUGACGAUGAUGAUGAUAAUGAUUACGAUGUCAUUCCAACAUCAUGGAUUGUUAACAACACUACAUGCGUAUUUCCCCAAGAAAAGGCAUCAAAGGUGAAGUUUUUAGUAAAAAGUAAUGCCUCGCCAGAUAAAACCUGGGAAGAGAUGCAGAUACAAAUAAUACACAAUGAAAUUGGCAAUUACAACAAAGCUCUGCAAAUGAUGUUUAGAGCAGCAAAAAAAGCACCAUUAUUUUCAGAUGACGAAAAAGGCAGAGGACAUCGCCAAAAAAAAGAAACCAAGUUUCAUGGUGAAUGUGACUCAGAGGAAAAUUCGCCAAGAAACCGCAAUAAUUCUAAGGAGUUAUUGGAGGAAUCGCAUUACCCUACAGUUCCACCUUCAUUUUCUGUAAAAUACAAUAAGCAAGCCUCGACACCCGCACCUCACAAAAGGACAACAUUGCCACCUUCUGAACUGGCUUCAAAUCCGAGUUCAAGUUCUGCUCAAAAUAAUGACCCUGUCGUUCACUCCCACAGCACAUUUUCAUUGUCUGCUUUUGAGAAUGUGAAUGUGAACUGUGAUAUAAAAACCAAACACAACUGCACUUUUGAUGGGAAUAAUCUUCUCUUUUCUAUUGCACAACAGUUGUGCAAAUUAUCAGUUGAUAUGACUAAAAUGAAAACCCACUUGAAACAUAUAAGGGAAAAUACUAAUGAAAAAGUAAAUGGUGUAAAAAAAAAGGUGUAUUGGGGUUUUGAAGGCAUAUUUUAG